AUGCUCAUGAAGUUGUUCGCAAUGGGCCACCGCGUAUAUUUCGCAUCGAAGUUCAAUCGUUUCGACUGUAUUGUCAUUGUUGGCAGUGCCUUCGAAGUGAUUUGGGCGGAACUGAAAGGCGGCUCAUUCGGUAUCUCUGUUUUGCGGGCUCUUCGAUUGCUACGCAUUUUCAAGCUCACUUCAUUCAAUUUUCCAACCGGACACCCCUAUACUCAUUUUGAUACAUUCCCAGUGGCCUUAAUCACUGUCUUCCAGGAUCUGAAAAACAUUUUCUGGGUCCAAUUCAGCGAGUUGAUUGCUGCAGUUAGGAAAAGUUAUGCGAAGAUGUUCAAAAUAUCCAUACACUGUAUUGAGUGCAUUGAGUAA